UUUACUCUUUCUGAUCAAUUAAAAUCUGCAGUGCCACCGCCUUCGCGAGCUCUUCUCUUCGGCUCAAAAUACGAUCCUUCAAUUCCCCACAAACUCUGUCCGCUUUACACGCAACUAAGUCCAGCUGCAUGGCUUAAUUCUGAUUACCUCUCAUACGAUUGGAAAAAAAUAUAGAAAAUAUAAAAAAAAUCGGAAGAAUGGAAUUGCCGGCGAGGGAUCCGAUUCUUCUCGAAGACUUCGGGCAGAAAGUGGACUUGACCCGACGGAUCAGGGAGGUCCUACUGAACUAUCCGGAGGGGACCACCGUGUUGAAGGAACUCAUUCAGAAUGCCGAUGAUGCCGGCGCCACCAAAGUUCGUCUCUGUCUUGACUGCCGCUCCCACGCCUCCGAUUCAUUGCUCUCAGAUUCUUUGGCGCAGUGGCAGGGUCCAUCUCUGCUUGCUUAUAACGAUGCAGUUUUCACAGAAGAAGAUUUCGUUAGUAUUUCUAGAAUUGGCGGGAGUACGAAACACGGUCAGGCCUGGAAAACUGGCCGAUUUGGGGUUGGGUUCAAUUCGGUUUAUCACUUGACCGACAUGCCCUCAUUCGUGAGUGGCAAGUACGUAGUACUAUUUGAUCCUCAGGGUUUUUAUCUUCCCAAUGUAUCAACAGCCAAUCCUGGAAAAAGAAUCGAUUUUGUUUCUUCUUCAGCUCUUUCAAUAUACAAUGAUCAAUUCCUUCCCUAUUGUGUAUUCGGUUGUGAUAUGAAAAAUCCUUUCACCGGAACUUUAUUCCGUUUUCCCUUGAGGAAUUCUGAUCAAGCUGCCCGAAGUAAGCUUUCCCGACAAGCUUAUUCAGAAGAUGAUAUUGCCUCCAUGUUUUCCCAGCUUUUUGAGGAAGGGAUUUUCUCGUUACUUUUUCUUAAAAGUGUAUUGUGUAUAGAAAUGUAUACAUGGGAUGCUGGAGAAUCUGAGCCGAAAAAGCUUUUUUCGUGCUCUGUUAACUCUCCCAGUGAUGAAAUUAUUUGGCAUCGGCAGGCUCUUCUAAGAUUGUCAAAAUCAGUUGCUAAGAGUACAGGUAAUGAGGUGGAUGCGUAUUCUGUUGAAUUCUUGAGUGAAGUGAUGGCGGGGAGUGAGUGUAGAAAAAGGAUUGAUACUUUUUAUAUAGUACAAUCAAUGGCUUCUGCUUCUAGCAGGAUUGGUUCUUUUGCUGCUACUGCUUCCAAAGAAUAUGAUAUUCAUCUUCUACCUUGGGCAUCAGUUGCGGCUUGUGUAUCGGACAAUUCAUCAGAUACUCUGAAGCUUGGCCAAGCUUUCUGUUUUCUUCCAUUGCCAGUGAGAACUGGGUUGACAGUGCAAGUUAAUGCAUACUUUGAAGUCUCCUCAAACCGUCGUGGCAUUUGGUAUGGAGCAGACAUGGACAGAAGUGGAAAAAUCCGGUCCAUCUGGAAUAGACUUCUUUUGGAAGAUGUUAUAGCUCCUAUUUUUAUGCGAAUGCUGUUGGGCGUGCAGGAACUGCUUGGUCCAACAAAUUCAUAUUAUUCUUUGUGGCCCAGGGGUUCUUUUGAAGAGCCAUGGAGCAUUUUGGUUGAGAACUUAUACAAAAAUAUUGGUAAUUAUGCUGUUCUGUAUUCUGAUCUGGGAGGAGGAAAGUGGGUCUCACCGGUAGAAGCUUUUCUUCAUGAUGAGGAGUUUGGAAAGAGCAAGGAACUUGCUGAGACUCUCUUGCAGCUAGGAAUGCCUAUUGUCCAUUUGCCAAAUUACCUGUUUGAAAUGUUUCUGAAAUAUGCCACCAAUCUUCAGCAAAAAGUGGUUACUCCUGAUACAGUACGCCAUUUUCUUAGGUCAUGCGAAACUCUUAUGAGGUUGCGUAAAUCCUUUAAACUUGUAUUAUUGGAAUAUUGUCUUGAGGACUUGAUUGAUGAUGAUGUAGGUACAUAUGCCCAUAACCUGCCAUUGAUUCCUUUGGCAAAUGGUGAUUUUGGUGUAUUUUCCGAAGCCACAAAAGGGGUUUCUUAUUAUGUUUGUAAUGAGUUAGAAUACAUGUUGCUUCAUCAAAUUUCUGAUAUAAUUGUUGAUCGGGACAUUCCCCUUAAUAUACUGAGCAGGCUCUCUGCUAUUGCGAAGUCAUCAAAAGCAAAUCUUGCUGUUUUCAGUGUUCAACAUUUUGUUAAAUUAUUUCCUAGAUUUGUACCUUCUGAAUGGAGAUAUAAAAGUAAAGUUCUCUGGGAACCAGAGUCAUCUUAUACUGUUCCAACUAAAUCCUGGUUUGUGCUAUUCUGGCAAUAUCUCCAGAAUCAGGGUGAGGGGUUGUUGUUGUUUGGAGAUUGGCCUGUUUUGCCUUCAACCUCAGGGCAUCUGUAUCGACCUUCUACACAGUCAAAGCUUAUCAAGGCGGAGAAACUUUCUGAAAGAAUGCAAUGCAUCCUUGUGAAGAUUGGAUGCAAGAUACUGGACCCUGAUUAUGGAGUUGCACAUCAUGAUUUGUCUCAUUAUGUAUCUGAUUCCAAUUUUUCAGGUGUUUUGGAAUCUAUUUUUGAUAUUGUCUCUUCAAACGGCAGCAUAAUACAGACAUUUAGUUGUAACUUGACAGAUGAAGAGAGGAAUGAGUUACGUGAGUUUCUUCUUAAUUCAAAAUGGUAUGUGGGAGAAUCUGUUAACAGUUCUAGAAUAAAAAAUUGCAAGAAACUGCCCAUUUAUAGGGUCUACACUGGAGAAUCUGCUCAAAGUUUUUGUUUUUCUGACUUAGAGAAUCCUCAAAAAUACUUACCACCGUCAGGCAUCCCCGAGUAUCUUCUUGGAGGUGAAUUCAUUCUUUGCUCCUCAAAUAGUGAAGAAGAGAUUUUGUUAAGAUUUUAUGAAGUUGAGAGAAUGCGGAAAGCUCGUUUUUACAGGCAGCAAGUGCUAAAUAGAAUAAAAGAAAUGCAUAAUGAAGCUCGUGACAGUGUUAUGCUUUCUAUUCUUGAAAACCUGCCUCAGUUAUCUGUGGAAGACACUUCUCUUCGAGAUUACUUGAGAAAGUUGGAAUUUGUACCUACCACUACUGGUACACUUAAAUGUCCUUCAGUGCUUUAUGAUCCUCGCAAUGAAGAAUUAUAUGCUUUGCUAGAAGACUCUGGCUGUUUCCCCGCUGGCCCUUUCCAAGAAUCUGGCAUCUUGGACAUGCUGCAGGGUUUGGGCCUUAGGACAUCUGUAACUCCUGAAACAGUCAUAGAAAGUGCUCAACAAGUUGAGCGAAUAAUGCAUGAAGAUCAGGAAAAGGCUCAUUCAAGAGGUAAAAUACUUCUUUCAUACUUAGAAGUAAAUGCAAUGAAAUGGCUUCCCAAUCAAUUAAGUGAUGAUCAAGGAGCUGUAAACAGAAUUUUCUCACGAGCUGCAACUGCAUUUAGGCCUCGCAACAUGAGGUCUGACAUGGAAAAGUUUUGGAAUGAUCUCCGUUUGAUUUGCUGGUGUCCAGUGUUAGUGUCUUCUCCAUUUCAGGCUUUACCAUGGCCUGUUGUAUCAUCCAAGGUUGCUCCCCCAAAGCUUGUGAGAUUGCAAGCAGACUUGUGGCUUGUUUCAGCAAGCAUGCGAAUACUAGAUGGUGAAUGCUCUUCAACAGCAUUGUCCUAUAACCUUGGAUGGCUAACUCCUCCUGGGGGGAGUGCAAUUGCCGCCCAGUUGCUUGAGCUUGGAAAAAACAAUGAGAUUGUGAAUGACCAGGUGCUCCGGCAGGAGUUAGCUCUAGCAAUGCCGAGGAUAUACUCUAUAUUAAUGAAUAUGAUUGGUUCCGAUGAGAUGGACAUUGUAAAGGCUGUUUUGGAAGGGUGCCGUUGGAUUUGGGUUGGAGAUGGAUUUGCAACUUCUGAUGAGGUAGUUCUUGAUGGUCCUCUUCAUUUGACUCCUUAUAUACGUGUCAUACCAAUGGAUUUAGCAGUUUUCAAGGAGUUGUUCAUGGAGCUUGGAAUUCGAGAGAUUUUGAAGCCUUCUGAUUAUGCUAAUAUUUUAGGCAGAAUGGCAGCCAGAAAAGGUUCCUCUCCACUUGAUGCCGAUGAAACCAGGGCAGCAAUAACAAUUGUUCAGCAUCUUUCAGGAGUUCAGUUUCAUGAAGAAAAGAUCUAUUUACCAGAUGUAUCAGCGAGGCUACAGCCUGCUAGUGAUUUAGUUUAUAAUGAUGCCCCCUGGUUUCUUGGAUCUGAUGAAUCUGACACCUUAUUUAGUGGCACAUCUGCUGCAGUCCUGAAUGCAAGGAGUACUCACAGAUUUGUUCAUGGAAACAUAUCAAAUGAGGUUGCAGAGAAGCUUGGUGUCUGCUCACUUCGUCGAAUCUUGCUUGCUGAGAGUGCUGACUCUAUGAAUUUGAGUUUAUCUGGUGCUGCUGAAGCCUUUGGGCAGCAUGAAGCCUUGACAACAAGGCUCAAACAUAUACUUGAGAUGUAUGCAGACGGACCUGGAAUUCUUUUUGAGCUGGUUCAAAACGCUGAAGAUGCAAGAGCUUCUGAAGUGAUCUUUCUUUUGGAUAAAACUCAGUAUGGAACAUCUUCUAUUCUCUCUCCUGAAAUGGCCGACUGGCAAGGCCCUGCACUUUACUGCUUUAAUGAUGCUGUAUUUAGUCCACAAGAUUUAUAUGCAAUAUCUCGUAUUGGUCAGGAAAGCAAACUUGAAAAGCCUUUUGCAAUUGGACGAUUUGGUCUGGGCUUUAAUUGUGUCUAUCAUUUCACAGAUAUUCCCACAUUUGUUUCUGGGGAAAACAUCGUUAUGUUUGAUCCUCAUGCUAGUAAUUUGCCAGGGAUCUCUCCAUCCCACCCUGGACUAAGAAUAAAAUUUGUUGGGAGAAAGGUUUUAGAACAGUUUCCUGAUCAAUUUUCUCCAUUUCUAUAUUUUGGCUGUGACUUGCAGCAAUAUUUUCCUGGCACUCUAUUUCGUUUUCCUCUUAGGAGUGUUAGUGUUGCAUCACGUAGCCAGAUUAAAAAAGAAGGAUAUUCCCCUGACGAUGUCAUGUCUCUCUUUUCUUCCUUCACCAGUGUUGUUUCAGAUGCUCUACUUUUUCUUCGUAACGUGAAGUCUAUCUCCAUUUUUGUGAAGGAAGGAGCUGGUCAUGAUAUGCAACUUAUGCAUCGUGUGCAGAGAAACUGCAUUAGUGAGCCACAAUUGCAUUCUGAUUCUUUGCAUCAAAUGUUUGGCCUUAUUGAUGCAAAACAUGGUGGAAUGGAUAAAGAACAAUUGUUGAAGAAAUUGAGUAAGUCUAUAGAUAGAGAUUUGCCACAUAAAUGUCAGAAGAUUGUGGUGACUGAACAGAACUCAUCUGGUAUUGUGGCACACUGUUGGAUAACUGGUGAAUGUUUAGGCAGUGGACGGUCUAAAACCAUCAGUGCAGUUGCUGAUGACAAGAUUCAUAAAUCGAUCCCCUGGGCUUGUGUUGCUGCACAUAUACAGUCUGUCAAAGUGGAUGGGGAAAUAUGUGACAUAUUUAGCUGGGAGAAUGCUUUUUCUGGUGAUAUUUUUCAAAAUUCUAUUGCUUCCAUUCAAGAUAGGAAGAACAUCGAGGGCCGUGCUUUCUGCUUUUUGCCAUUGCCAAUCAGCACUGGUCUUCCAGCCCAUGUUAAUGCAUAUUUUGAGUUGUCAUCAAAUCGUAGGGAUAUCUGGUUUGGUAAUGAUAUGGCUGGUGGUGGGAAAAAACGGUCAGACUGGAAUAUUUACUUGCUUGAAGAUGUUGUUGCUCCUGCAUAUGGUCAAUUGCUUGAGAAAAUUGGUUCACUGAUUGGUCCCUGUGAUUUGUUCUUUUCCUUUUGGCCAACAACAAUGGGAGUGGAGCCAUGGGCAUCUGUGGUUCGGAAACUUUAUAUUUUCAUUGCUGAGUUUGGUCUUCGCCUAUUGUAUACAAAAGCUAGAGGGGGUCAGUGGAUUUCAACGAAACAAGCUAUUUUUCCUGAUUUUACCUUCCAUAAAGCUCGUGAGCUUGUUGAAGCAUUAUGUGAUGCCGGUGUACCUCUUGCAAAUAUUCCCAAACCAGUUGUAGAGCGAUUCAUGGAGGUCUGUCCAUUAUUACAUUAUCUGACACCUCAGCUUUUACGGUCUCUAUUAUCUAGGCGAAAACGUGCUUUAAAGGACAGGAAUGCAGUGAUCUUGACCCUUGAAUAUUGCUUGCUUGACUUAAAAAUUCCCAUUCAAGCUGAUUGUUUGUUUGGUUUACCUUUGUUACCCCUUGCGGAUGGCUCAUUUACAACAUUUGAGAAGAAUGGAGCUGGUGAAAGAAUCUAUAUUGCAAAGGGAGAAGAGUUUGGUCUUCUCAAGGAUUUACUUCCACAACAAUUGGUUUGUUGUGAGCUUUCGGAGGUGGUUCAUAGCAAACUAUGUGAUAUGGCCCAAAGUGAGCAAUCAAAUAUUUCUUUUUUAUCGUGCCAUUUGCUUGAAAAGCUGUUUUUGAAGUUACUUCCAGCUGAUUGGCAGCUUGCUAAAAAGGUAUGCUGGGUUCCUGGUCAUCAAGGCCACCCAAGUUUGGAAUGGAUGAAGUUGCUGUGGAGCUAUCUGAAUUCAUGUUGUGAUGACCUCUCAAUAUUUUCUAAGUGGCCUAUACUGCCGGUUGAUGACAAUUAUCUCUUGCAACUAGUUAAAAGUUCCAAUGUGAUUAAAAAGGAUGGAUGGAGUGAGAACAUGUCUGCUUUGUUGUUAAAAGUCGGUUGUUUAUUUUUAAGACAAGACAUGGAAAUACAACACCCACAGCUAGAACUCUUUGUUCAGUCUCCAACAGCAAGUGGAAUAUUAAAUGCAUUUCUAGCAGUGGCCAAAAAUGGUAAAAUGGAGAGCAUUGAGAGGCUUUUCUCUGAUGCAUCGGACGGGGAGCUGCAUGAACUCCGUAGUUAUAUUCUGCAGUCAAAGUGGUACCACGAAGAGCAGAUAACAGACUUACAUAUUGACAUCAUUAAACAUAUUCCAAUGUUCGAGUCAUAUAGAAGUAGAAAGCUAAUCAGCCUAAAUGAGCCUGUUAAAUGGCUAAAACCCAAUGGCAUCCGUGAGGAUAUGCUAAAUGAUGAUUUUGUGCGUGCAGAAUCAGAAAGAGAGAGAAUCAUUCUUACAAGGUAUUUGAAUGUUAAAGAGCCAUCAAAGGUGGAAUUCUAUAAAAGUUUUGUUCUUAGUCACAUGUCAGAAUUCCUUUCACAGCAGGGAGCUUUCCCUGCCAUUUUACAUGAUGUAAAGAUUCUAGUUGACGAAGACAUCUCCAUCAGAUCUGCAAUCUACACAACACCUUUUGUUCUAGCAGCAAAUGGUUCUUGGCAACCUCCAUCCAGGCUUUAUGAUCCUCGAGUCCCUGAGCUGCGAAAGUUGCUCCAUAAUGAAGUUUUCUUUCCUUGCGAGAAGUUCGCAGAUCCUGAAACUUUAGAUACUUUAGUCAGCCUUGGACUUAGAAGGACUUUGGGUUUUAUUGGUUUUCUUGAUUGUGCUAGAUCUGUUUCUAAACUGCAUGAAUCUGGGGACCUAGAAGCAGCAACUUAUGGUAGGAAGUUGCUUCUCUAUUUAGAUGCUCUUGCAUGUAAGUUUUCACCUGAGAGAGGUGAUGCACAACUGAUCUCGGACAAUCUUCCUAGUAAUUGUCCAGCAUCAGAAGGCAAUGAUAGUGAGAUGCCAGGUGGCCAAUUUUAUCAGAAUAGUGACAUUGUAGAUGGUGAUGCAGUUUCUGUCGACUUCCCUGAUAGGGAGGAAACCAUUUGUAAGGAUGAUAUAGACAUUAACACUGUUAUAGGCAACUUGAUGGAUGAUAUGACAGAAGAAGAUUUUUGGUCUGAAAUGAAAAGUAUUGCUUGGUGCCCAGUUUGUGUCAACCCCCCUUUGCAAGGACUCCCAUGGUUAAAACCUACUAGCCGUCUAGUAUGCUCGAGCUUUGUGAGACCUAAAUCACAGAUGUGGAUGGUGUCCUCAACUAUGCAUAUUCUUGAUGGUCAAUGUAACUCAUUAUAUGUACAAAACAGACUCGGUUGGUUGGAUCAGCUGAAUAUACAUGUUCUUUCCACACAAUUAAUAGAGCUGUCUAAGUCCUACUGCCAUCUGAAGUUGCAUUCUUUGGUGGAGCCUGAUUUUGACGCUGAACUACAGCAGGGCAUCCCAAUGCUUUACACUAAAAUGCAAGAGCAUGUUGGUACUGAUGAUUUCAUGGUGCUGAAAUCAACUUUGGAUGGUGUUUCCUGGGUUUGGAUUGGAGAUGAUUUUGUUUCUCCAAAUGCACUUGCAUUUGAUUCUCCUGUGAAAUUUACCCCUUAUUUAUAUGUUGUCCCAUCAGAGCUGGCAGAAUUUAGAGAUUUACUCUUGGAAUUAGGUGUCCGGCUUAGUUUUGAUCUUUGGGACUACUUCCAUGUUCUACAACGCCUACAAAAUGAUUUGAAGGGGCUUCCUUUAUCAGCUGAUCAAUUGGGUUUUGUCAACUGUGUCCUUGAAGCCAUUGCUGACUGUUCAUCAGAUAAACCUUUUUUUGAGGCUUCUAACACUCCUCUGCUAAUUCCCGAUUCAUGUGGUGUUUUGGUGUCUGCUGGGGAACUGGUGUAUAACGAUGCACCUUGGAUUGAAAAUAGUUCCCUGGCUGGGAAAUCUUUUAUACAUCCAAGUAUCAACAAUGACUUGGCAAAUAGGUUGGGUGUAAAAUCGCUCCGCUGUCUCUCUUUAGUGAGCGAAGAUAUGACCAAAGAUCUGCCAUGCAUGGACUUUGCAAGAAUAAGUGAACUUCUGUCUCAUUAUGGCAACAAUGAAUUUUUGUUGUUUGACCUACUUGAGUUGGCAGAUUGCUGCAAAGCUAAGAAGCUGCACUUAAUAUUUGACAAGAGGGAGCAUCCUCGCCAGUCUUUGCUGCAGCACAACUUAGUUGAAUUUCAAGGGCCUGCUUUGGUAGCUAUUCUGGAAGGGGCCAGCUUGAACAGAGAGGAGAUAAGUGGUCUUCAGCUGAUCCCUCCAUGGAGACUCCGUGCUAAUACUCUAAACUAUGGUUUGGGAUUGCUAAGCUGUUACUUCAUUUGUGAUCUCCUGUCUAUCAUCUCUGGUGGCUAUUUAUAUAUGUUCGAUCCUCAUGGGGUGGCACUUUCUGCACCAUCAAGUCAAGCUCCGGCAGCAAAAAUGUUUUCUUUGAUUGGUACAAGCUUGACUGAAAGAUUUCGUGAUCAGUUUACUCCGAUGCUGAUUGAUCAAAAGAUGCCAUGGUCAUCAUCAGACUCUACAAUCAUUCGCAUGCCUCUAUCACCAGAAUGCUUGAAAGAUGGAUUUGAAUUAGGAUUGAAUAGAGUAAAUAAAAUAAUUGACAGAUUCUUGGAGCAGGCCUCAAGGAUUCUUAUUUUCUUAAAGUCAGUUUUGCAGGUGUCAGUUUCUACAUGGGAGGAAGGAAGUGCACAGCUUUGUCAGGAUUAUUCUGUUUUUAUUGAUCCAUCAUCAGCUAUGUUGAGGAAUCCAUUCUCUGAAAAAAGGUGGAGGAAAUUUCAAAUAUCCAGGUUAUUUAGCAGCUCAAAUCCUGCUGUUAAAUUGCAUGUGAUUGAUGUGAACUUAUUCGAAAAAGGAACUAGAUUUGUGGAUAGAUGGCUUGUUGUGCUCAGCUUGGGUUCUGGGCAGACCAGAAACAUGGCUCUUGAUAGGCGCUAUUUAGCCUACAAUUUGACACCUGUUGCUGGAAUUGCUGCACAUAUAUCCCGCAAUGGCCAUCCAACUAACGGUCAUCAUACGAGCUCCAUUAUGACUCCUCUUCCUCUGUCUGGUGUUAUAACUUUGCCUGUAACUGUUCUUGGAUGUUUCCUUGUGCGCCACAACAGUGGUCGUUAUCUCUUUAAAUACCAAAAUAAAGAGGGAUUUGAUGAGGUGCGGCCUGAUGCUGGAGAUCAGUUGAUUGAAGCUUGGAAUAGAGAACUGAUGUCCUGCGUCCGUGAUUCCUACAUAGAACUGGUAGUGGAAAUGCAGAAAUUAAGUAGAGAUCCUUCAACUUCUAGUAUUGAUUCAAGUUCUAGUCAGGCAGUUGCUUUGUCUUUGAAGGCUUAUGGAGAUCAAAUUUAUUCCUUUUGGCCAAGGUCUACUGGUUAUGUAUCAAGUGAUGGAGCCGAUGAUGAUAGUAAAUUAUCAUCAGCUGAUGUGCUUAAAGCUGAUUGGGAAUGCCUGGUUGAACAAGUUAUCAGGCCCUUCUACACUCGUUUGGUUGACCUACCAGUUUGGCAGCUGUAUUCAGGAAAUUUAGUCAAGGCUGAAGAAGGUAUGUUUCUGUCCCAGCCUGGCAAUGGGGUGGGUGGUAAUUUGCUUCCUGCUACCGUUUGUAGCUUUGUAAAGGAACACUAUCAGGUGUUUUCAGUUCCUUGGGAGUUGGUGAAUGAAAUCCAUUCUGUGGGAAUUACAGUUCGAGAAAUUAAACCUGAAAUGGUCCGUGAUCGUUUGAAGGUUUCUUCUACUUCUAUUGUUCUUCGAUCUGUUGAUACUUUUGUAGAUGUUCUUGAGUACUGCUUGUCCGAUAUUCAGUUCCCGGCAUCAUCUGAUUCUCAUGGAGAUGCUAUGUUAGUAGAACCUAUUAAUCCAAAUGCUUUUAUUAGAGUCACCAAUGAAGUAGGUAUCGGAUCUGACUCGGUACAAGUGUCUAAUGUGCGAACUUAUCAUGGAUCCUCUCAGAAUGCAGCCAUUUCUGGUGAUGCACUUGAAAUGGUAACAAAUUUGGGGAAGGCUUUAUUUGAUUUUGGUCGAGGAGUUGUGGAGGAUAUUGGUAGGGCUGGAGCCUUGAGUCAAAUGGAUGACAGGAAUGGUAAUGGAGACUUGAAACUUUUAUCUAUAGCUGCUGAGGUCAAGCGCUUACCAUGUCCAACUGCAACAAAUCAUUUAGCACGCUUGGGGGUGACUGAACUUUGGUUGGGAAACAAGGAGCAUCAGCUGCUGAUGAGGCCUUUAGCAGCAAAAUUUGUCCACUCAAAAGUGUUAGAUAGAUCAAUUUUAGCUGAUAUUUUUUCAAAACAUGUCAUUCAAACAGCACUUAAACUGAAGAGUUUCUCAUUUCACUUGAUGGCUACUCAUAUGCGAUUACUUUUUCAUGAUAACUGGGUCAAUCAUGUUAUGGAGUCGAAUUUGGCUCCCUGGUUUUCCUGGGAGAAUUCAUCAGGUUCUGGUGGUGAUGGUGGUCCUUCCCCUGAAUGGAUUAAAACCUUUUGGAAAAGCUUUGGUCAAUCAUCAGAAGACCUAGAUCUCUUUUCCAAUUGGCCUUUAGUUCCUGCAUAUCUUGGUAGGCCAAUUUUGUGUCGUAUAAGAGACCGCCAUCUGGUCUUCAUUCCACCCCCAGUUACAGAUCCAAUGUCUGAGAAUGGUGCCAUGGAUGCAGCUGCAAGCCAACGUGAUCUGACUGGAAUUUCUGUUAAUCAAACUUCUGAAUCUGAUUCAAUUCAACAGUACAUUUUAGCUUUUGAAAAUUUUAAAACCCAUUACCCUUGGUUGGUAUCAUUGUUGAAUCAGUGUCAUAUCCCUGUUUUUGACGUUGCAUUCAUGGAUUGUGCUAUCCCUUGCAACUUGCUUCCUGCAUCCAGCCAAUCAUUAGGGCAGGUUAUUGCCUCCAAGCUUGUGGCAACUAAACGUGCUGGCUUUUUCCCUGAACUCACAUUGUUUUCUGCUGCUGAUCGAGAUGAACUUCUUAAUCUUUUUGCUCUCGAUUUCUCUAACAAUUUGUCCAGAUAUGGAAGAGAUGAACUUGAAGUGUUGUGCUCAUUGCCCAUCUACAGAACAGUUUUGGGUUCAUUCACAGGAUUAAAAAAAGGGAUCCCUCAGUUGCAUGAUCAACAAAUUCUGGUAAGGUUUGGUCUGCCUCGUUUCGAAGAGAAACCUCAGAGUGAACAAGAAGAUAUACUGAUUUAUCUUUAUGCGAAUUGGCAAGAACUCAAAGCUGAUUCUUCUGUAGUUGAAGCUCUAAGGGAAACUAAGUUUGUUCGGAAUGCUGAUGAAUUUUCUUCUGAUGUAUACAAGCCAAAGGAUUUGUUUGAUCCUGGGGAUGCUUUACUAGCAUCAGUAUUUUCAGGUGAGAGGAAGAAAUUUCCGGGUGAAAGGUUUAGUACAGAUGGGUGGCUCUGUAUUCUACGGAAGGUGGGCCUUCGAACUGCUUCAGAAUCUGAUGUGAUACUUGAAUGUGCCAAAAGGAUAGAGUUUCUUGGAAGUGAGUGCAUGAAGUCUACUGGGGAUUUUGAUGAUUUUGAGACGGAUAUGACCCCUUGUCAUGGUGAAGUCUCUAUGGAAGUGUGGACUUUGGCUGGAUCUGUUAUUGAAGCUGUGCUCACAAACUUUGCUGUCCUUUAUGGAAAUAACUUCUGUAAUCUUCUAGGGAAUAUCGCUUGCGUUCCUUCUGAAUUAGGAUUACCUAAUGCGGGUGUGAAGAGAGUCCUUGCUUCCUAUAGUGACGCUAUUCUACCAAAGGACUGGCCUCUGGCUUGGAGCUGUGCUCCUAUACUCUCUAGACAAAAUGUUAUUCCUCCUGAAUAUUCAUGGGGGGCACUGCACUUGAGGAGUCCUCCAUCCUUUUCCUCUGUACUAAAACAUCUGCAGAUUAUCGGGAAAAAUGGUGGUGAAGACACUCUUGCUCACUGGCCUACUGCAUCAGGCAUGAUGACCAUUGAUGAUGCUUCUCUCGAAGUUUUGAAAUAUUUGGAUAAAAUAUGGGGUUCUCUAUCUUCUUCAGAUAUAGUAAAGCUGCAAGGAGUGGCAUUUCUGCCUGCUGCGAACGGAACACGCCUAGUGCCUGCUAACUCUCUUUUUGCACGUUUGACAAUUAAUUUGGCACCGUUUGCUUUUGAGCUUCCUUCUCUCUAUCUUCCUUUUCUGAAGGUUCUCAAGUAUUUAGGACUUCAGGAUGUGCUAUCAGUUGCUUCUGCAAAAGAGCUUCUGUUAAAUUUGCAGCAAGCAUGUGGAUAUCAGCGGUUAAAUCCAAAUGAACUCCGUGCUGUAAUGGAAAUACUAUAUUUUGUCUGUGACGGAACUGUUGAGGCAAAAAUGCUUGAUAGGCUUGACUGGAAAUCAGAUGCUAUAAUCCCAGAUGAUGGUUGCAGACUCGUUCAUGCAAAAACGUGUGUCUACAUUGAUUCAUAUGGCUCUAGAUAUGUUAAGCAUAUUGACACUUCUAAGUUAAGAUUUGUUCACCCAAAUAUUCCUGAGAGAAUAUGCACAUUCUUAGGCAUCAAAAAGCUGUCUGACAUUGUCGUGGAGAAACUUGAUAAUGAAGGCAAUUUAGAGACUUUAGAUAGUAUAGGUUCUAUCUCAUUAGCUAUUAUCAGAGAGAAGCUGUUGAGCAGAUCCUUCCAGUGUGCUGUUUGUACUCUUAUAAAUAGUAUAACUGGUUAUGUUCCAGGAAUUAAAAAUAUGGAUUUGGGAACUAUGUAUAGUUCUCUAGAAUUUAUUGCAGACAAGUUGCAGUUUGUUAAGUGCCUUCAUACCCGUUUCUGGCUGCUAUCAAGGUCUCAAGAUAUUACACUUGUAUCUAAAGAUUCUAUAAUUCCAGGGUGGGAGAAUGGGUCUAGACAUCGGACUCUUUACUUUGUCAACCAGUCUAAAGGCUGUGUUUUGGUUGCUGAGCCUCCAGCUUAUAUCUCUGUUCUUGAUGUUGUUGCGACUGUUGUAAGCCAGGUUUUAGGAUCCCCCAUUCCAUUGCCUAUAGGAUCUUUGUUUUCAUGUCCUGAAGGAUCCGAGGCUGCAAUUAUUGACAUUCUGAAACUUCAUUCUGACAAGAGAGAAGAAAUUGAAACCACUAGUAGCAAUUUGAUGGGCAAAGAGAUAAUGCCUCAAGAUGCUCUUCAAGUGCAGCUUCACCCAUUGAGGCCAUUUUAUAGGGGAGAAAUAGUAGCUUGGCGGGCUCAAGAUGGAGAGAAGUUGAAAUAUGGUAGAGUUCCAGAGGAUGUCAGACCUUCAGCAGGCCAAGCCCUCUAUAGAUUCAAGGUAGAAAUAGUACCAGGAAGGACUGAAUCUCUUCUUUCCUCUCAGGUUUUCUCAUUUAGAAGUGUAUCAAUGGGAAGCAGUGCAUCCUCUGCCACCUUGCCUGAGGAUAAUCCCGUUGUAACUGGCAACAGGACUCACGAGAUGCCAGAAAGUUCUGAAAGAGGCGUAAGAAGAUCUUCUCAGCCUAUUAAAGAGCUGCAGUACGGCCGAGUGUCGGCUGCAGAACUGGUUCAGGCGGUUAAUGAGAUGCUGUCUGCAGCUGGAAUCAACAUGGAUGUGGAGAAGCAAUCACUACUGCAGCAAACUAUAACGCUUCAAGAACAAUUAAAAGAAUCCCGAACAGCCCUCUUGCUUGAACAGGAAAAGGUUGAUGUAGCUGUAAAAGAAGCUGAUACAGCAAAAGCAGCAUGGCUUUGCCGGGUCUGUUUGAGCAAUGAAGUUGACAUGACAAUAGCUCCUUGUGGCCAUGUGCUUUGCCGUAGAUGCUCAUCUGCAGUUUCACGGUGUCCAUUCUGUCGGAUCGAGGUAAAGAAAACGAUAAGAAUAUACCGGCCAUGACAAGCUUGAGUUCUUUAACAAGUUAUUCUGGAUUUAUACCCUCGACUCGUAUAAAAUACAUGUGUCCAUUACAUAUUUGGUUUCUCACCCUUCGAUCUGAUAUCGAAGGCACAUAAUGAGGGAGAUUCAUAAACACAGCUGCGAUAGCUCAGUUGUCAGAUUUAUUAGGGAAUU